AUGAAACAUUCGCUGUUCUCCGUUGCUGAGUCGUGCGAUAUCGCUGCAGCCUUAGAUGAAAAUUCCUUUUGCAAUAUUUUGGACGGUUGUCGCGUCUGUGUGGAAAUGGGUUGCUGCAAAGAGUCUUCUGAGGAUGUGCGAUCUCGCUUACGUCGCAUGGGUGCAAUAGUUUCACGUCGUUUUACCGGAACAACUACUCACGUUGUGUUCUCCUAUGGCGGUAGCACAGAAAUUUUACAAAGCGUAUUUGCAUCAUCGCGGAGGCCGUUUUUGGUUGAUCCUCAUUGGGUACAUGAGUGA